AUGUCUCUUCACUCGCUUUACACCGAACCUCAUCAUCCUCUUCCCAAAGGCCUCCUCGUGAAGAAGCCAAAGACAAUCAAAACUGAAAAUACCUCAAACUCUGAUGAAACCUCAUUCUCAGUCCAUAUCCAGAGACAUAGACUUCCAAAGCCUGCCAUCACAAACGAACCACGACAUACAUCUCCUACUGUCAUGAGAAAAUUCAUGGACUGCAUGAAUAACUUUUCCUGCUUCGGAGCCGGCGCAGACAGGCCCAUCAACCCCAACAACGACGGAGCAACCAUGAACUCCAACAAUAUCGUACCACUAGAUGUUCCAAUCGGCCAUCUGGAGCCUUUUGAAACGCGACCAGUGGUUAAACUCCCUGCGUUGCCAGACAUUAAGAACAGAAAGGUCCUCAGGGAAAUCUUGAAGGUCGAUAAGAAGAUGAGAGACAAGGUUGAAGGUCAUUCUCCAAACCAAAACGGUGUCUUUAAUGAUAGUAGCGGAAGCCGUUUUAUGAAGGCUUUUUUAAAGUCAAAGCUGGAGGAGCCUUCCUAUGCUCGUACCGGUGUCAUUAUCAUGGACGAAGUUUUGGAAGAUAUCAUCGGCUCCAAAGGAGCAGACCUCGAAUAUGAUCUUCAGGAGCAAAUCAAACAAUCAUUUCUCACAGACAACCAAGCUCACUAUUUCGCCAUAUGCUACCGGAUGGAGCAGCACAUCCAUCACUACGGUGACUGGGGUGCAGUCACCACUAAAGAACUCGCAGAUGUCUUUCGCGGGUAUAUCGGAGCAUUGAGCUCUGAAAAUGAGAUUGGGUUGAAGGGAGUUCAUAUCUGGCUCCACAAACUCUUGGGCAAGGCAGUCAUCAACGAGAUUGAGUAUGCUUCGUGGACCGAAAAACACGCCCGCCAAGCCGCCAGAACGGCCAGGGAAGAGUCUCAAUAUGAGUUUGAUGGUCUAUCAUUUGGACUAGGAGAUGGCCAUUCUGCUGAAUUCUGA